AUGCCUGUGGUACCUGUAUUACCGUCCUUGCAUAGGCAAAUCUUCAACGGCAUCCUUUGCAUUGUCACAUUCUUUUUCAUUUUCCGUUAUUUCAGAAGAUAUGUUACAUUUGCCCCAAUUACCUUCGAAAGUAUAUGGCAAAUCUCCCUAGCAGAGAUCAAUCGAAGCAAAAACGUGGAAAGAGUCAAGCAAUUAGAACAGAAACUUUCUUUACAAGAUGCAGAGAAGGGAAUUCAGACAAGAGACGAUGUGGCUGCGAAGUGUAUUGCUUCUGUAGUGGGAUAUCGUGAAGAGACAAAUCUGUGGAGGAGAUGUUUGCAGAGUUAUCACAAUUCCCCGGGUCUAGAGAUUAUGCUCAUUGGAAUCGAUGGGGAUCAUGAUGGAGAUAUGGAGAUGGUUUCUGUGGCACAGCAAGUAUUCCCAGAUCUUAUAAAAAUUCACGUUGAAGAGCCAUAUGGUCCUCUCGCUGUCCGCAUUGCUCAAAACUACAUCACCCGCGAACUCUACGACGAAAAGUCAUCAUCUACAAAAUGGGGAUCCACACCCACAUCGUUCGACUCCACCGAUGUCCCCCCGCUCUUCUCUCCGAAGCCCACGCCUAUGCCUUCCGCACUGUAUUCGAAAAAGCGCUCACAACCCUCCAAGGAUAUCAUGUUUACCAAUAUGGUUUUCGCUUUGGCAUUGGGACAGGGGAACAAUAUUGAAUACUUGUGGACUAGCGAUUCUGAUACCAUCGUUUAUCCGGAUACUUUGUACCAAACAGUCGGUUGUAUGUCCGCGGAUCCGUUAAUUGGAGGUAGUUGCUCGGCUCUGAGCAUUCAUAACGAUCAGGAGAGUGCGAUCGCUGCUUUAGGUAGUGCAGCUUAUUGGUCUGAGUUAGCUAUUACACGUGGACAAACCGGAGCCGUAGACGCUGUAGACUGUCAACCUGGUCCAUGUGCCGCUUUUCGUCUCAUAGCACUUGAGUCUAUUCUUCUACCAUGGUACACGCAAACUUCUCUUGGAGUCAAAACUGUCGUCAACGAAGAUCGUCAUCUAACUACCAAUCUCCUCCUCCAAAAUUGGAAAGUAACCUUCAACACCUCCGCACUCGCCUCCACUGAUACCCCUACCACACUUCUCCGCUGGCUCCUCCAGCAAAUGCGUUGGGCCCGUGCUACUCAUAUCGAAUGUUUUCAAUAUCCGCAAAUCUACUCUAUUCACGGUGUCAUCCUUUUUGUAACAGCUAUGCGUCGUUUCUACGGACCAUUGAUUAUUGGUGUCUUCACCAUUCGUUACGUUUUCACAGGUUACACGGUCCAUGCAUUCCAAUCCUGGGAUUUCCUCCUCCGUGUGGCUUUAUGUACAUGUUACAACUUUUGGCGCAAUAAAGCAUAUGUGGCUAGUAUUAAAUAUCUCGUUCUUUCUCAGUUAUUCUAUCAACUGCCUCUACCGGGCAUUAUGUUCUGGUCUGUUGUUACAGUUUUAGAGGGAGGAUGGGGAACGAGCAUGAGAAAUGCGAAUGAACAGAAGAAGUCGAGAUUUGCAGGGUGGGAUAAUCUGUGGAGUACUACUGCAGUGGUGAUUUGGAUGGGCUUUGUGGGAGCGGCGGUUGCGAGAUGGAUUACGUCGUAUCUUGCGCCGGCUUUUAUAGUGGAGGCGAUGAUUUUUGCGGGAGUAACGUCGGUGGGAAGUUUGUAUUGGACUCUGCUUGGGUAG